GGCCUUUAUUUUACUGUCAACAACAAUCCAAACCAAAAUCACAAUUCAAUUCUUUUUAGCUUGAGACAAGAAGUUGCUAUAAACUAAAAAUAAAGUACGAUGGGUCCCCGCUCUCGAAGUCGUUCCCCAGCCGCUAGAGGUUCCUAUAGUCGCUCGCCGGACAACAGACGCGGAUACCAUCGGUCCCAAUACAGGGAGAAGUAUAUCUCCAAACAUCGACAUCCUCCUUCACCACCGCCUUUGCCUCCAGGCAAGCGACAUGGAUCCCGUGGACGUUCUUUUGAACAUCGACGUAGUCGUUCUAGAUCGGAUUCUGGUCGUUAUGACCGACGUAAUUACAGCUCAAGACCCCGUUCAAGGACACGAUCUCGCUCUCCUCAUGCCAGAAAUGAUCGCAAUAAUAGGGAAAAACCAAUACCUUGCCGUUGUCUUGGAGUUUUCGGCCUAAGUGUCAACACUACACAGCCACAGAUCAGAGAGAUCUUUGGUAAAUUUGGUCCGAUCGAAAGCAUACAAGUCGUUAUGGAUGCACAGACUAGGCGCUCGCGUGGUUUUUGUUUUAUAUAUUACAAAUACCUGGCCGAUGCCGAGGCUGCCAGGGAUAAUUGUUGCGGUUUAGAAGUUGAUGGUAGGCGCAUUCGAGUCGCCUAUUCUAUAACGGAAAGACCUCACACUCCGACCCCGGGAGCAUAUAGAGGCCGUCCAACAAAGGGAGCUGUAAAACGCCAUCGUGAUCGCAAAUCUCCUUCGCCUUACAACCACCGUCGUCGCAGCCGUAGUCGCUCGUACACUCCACGUCGUCACCGUUACUAAAACAAAGAUAUUCCCCAAUUUCUUACUUUAUUUUACUAACACUAAUAUAAAAUAAUUAUCUAAAGGGAGGCCGAUGUUUUGUUCAGAAGCGGAUGGAGUUCAGUGGAAUUUGAAACAAAAAGAUUAACCUUUUACACCGGAGCUGUAUCGAUUAUUAAAAUUCACAUAUAUUUAUAUAUGUGUUCUCUAUUAGUUUGUACGAUUGCUUUUAUUGGAUGUUUGGUUUAUUUUGAAGCUGCUUAAACAAGCCUUACCUCAUACAAGUAUAUGGAUGGAUUGGUUACAAAAUUUUCCCGUAAUUUGUUUCAAUUAUUUUCAAAUAAUUUUAGAUAGUUAAUUUUUAUUGAAUGAAUUUUAAAUAUGCCCUUUCAAAUUUCCAUAUUCUCCUUUUGUUUCGCCUUCUCAACGUGUCGUUAUAACAAUAAUUUUAAUUUCUAUAGAAUAUAAGAAUUUUUAUAAACAAAAACGACUACAAUAAACUCUGUGAAUUGACUGAUUGGUAAAACUUGAGUUUUAUGGGUUUUGCUGGAUUUGACGGUUGGUUUUAUAAGCAAUUUCCAAGGUGUUUUGUAUGAUUUGCAUAUCAGUUUCAAUGCUCCGUGCCCAGUUUUCUACAUCACCCAGUUCCUUAAGAGCAGAGCUAAAGUUAUCAAUAAGCUGAAGCCAUUGUUGCGUUUGCUUGGCAAAGUUACUGGCUCCAACAUGCAGCUGCUUAGCCUCGGCGUCCAGCUUUUUUUGAUUUAG